GGGCAUUUUGCCAGAGACUGUUGGUCUAGGCAAGGGAAACCAUCCAAUCAGGAUCGUGAGAACUUGAGAAGGAGGAUAUGAGGGAUCACUAUCGGGGCUUGAUUAAGGAGAGACAGGAGGUAGAGGAGAGGAAGAGGGAGGAGGAGCCAAAAAGGAUCAACGAUGAGGAGGAGAGGCGCAGGGCUCUUGAUCUGGUGCGGGCUACGGAGGAAAUCCGCAUGGAGUUAAGGGCCGAUAUUGAGAGCCAGUGGAGAAAGCAGCAAGAGUUGGCGGUGGCGGGAGGAGCAAAAGUGGCAGAACAGAAGGCGGCCGAGGCAGCACGUGCGGCGGGAACUCUUGAGACCAUGACGGAUGGGAAUAUCCCCACGCUACAGAGGAAUACCCCGGGGAGGGGAAAGGGGAGGAAAUCUCGUAAGGACUUAGGAGAGGUGGGACGAAGACAAGGAGACCGGACAGUUCAAGUGGGGGGACGGAUUCAUCGGAUGAAGAGCAAACCACCGACACGGAAGAGAGCUCUGAAUCGGAUCUGGAAGAUGAACGAUCGAGAAAGACGAGGAGGGAUUUGAAGCUCAAGCGGAAGAAGAAGGGAAAGAAGCGAAAGAGCAACAAAAAAAAGGGGGGAUCUUUGUUGGAGAAUCAAGUACAGCAUGAACG